UGGAACCUCAAUUGCAAGUGAUAUUAAUAUGUCAAUAGCAGAGAUUGUCAGAACAUUCAAGCACUCUUACUCUGGUGUUGCUACCCAUGUUGGCAAUACUGAUAGUGGUCAUCUACAAUUUGCUGCUCUACUGCUUGUUACUGCACCUGUUUCAUUAAUAUUAAGAACAUUUGAUGACUUUGAGGAAUUUUUGAUUCAAGGCAUCCAACACAUAUGA